AUGGUACAUUAUCGAAUCAUCACUUCCUUAGCUGUUGUGCUAGUUCUUCAGCUUCUUCUUCUGCUGCCUGUAUUCGAAAGCCGGCCUUUGCCCGGGACUAAUUCAGCCGGAGAUGUUACAGGGUUGUCAAGAGGGUAUAUGAAAUCGCCGGUUUAUGGCAACGGAAAUCAAUGUGAAGCAUUGGAUAAGUCACUUGGAUUUUGUGAUCCUUCAGCUAUUCAUGUGGCAAUGACGCUUGAUUCAGUUUACUUUAGAGGUACAGUGGCGGCUGUUCACUCCAUUCUCCGGCAUACUUCUUGCCCGGAAAACAUUCACUUCCAUUUUGUUGCAGCUGACUCUGGUUGUGCUUCUUCUAGCUUACCUAUGCCGGAGGAGUAUGAUGUAAUCUUAAGAUCCAUUUUUCCGUCUCUGAGUUUCAAGGUAUACUCUUUCAGUACACAGCGUGUUAGGAGUUUGAUAACUUCUUCAAUUCGUCGAGCUCUGGACAACCCUUUAAAUUAUGCAAGAACCUACUUGGCUGAUAUCAUUGAGCCUUGUGUGAAAAGGGUUAUUUAUCUGGAUUCUGAUGUGAUCCUCGCCGACGACAUCCAGAAGUUAUGGUCAGUGAGAGUGACUGGAGACAGAGUAAUUGGUGCUCCUACUUACUGUCACGCCAACUUCACCAAUUACUUCACCGACAAUUUCUGGUCAGACCCGCAGCUUUCAAAGACAUUUGAAGGCAAGAAACCGUGUUAUUUCAAUACAGGUGUAAUGAUAAUGGAGUUGGAGAGAUGGAGAAAGGGAAGCUACACAGAGAACAUUGAGAACUGGAUGGAAAUACAGAGGGAAAGAAAGAUUUACAGCUUAGGUUCUCUACCACCAUUUUUGCUGGUUUUCGGUGGAGAUGUCGAAGCCAUUAGUCAUAGAUGGAAUCAACACGGACUUGGAGGCGACAAUGUUCUGAACAGUUGCAGAUCAUUGCAUUCAGGUCCAGUUAGUUUGCUGCAUUGGAGCGGCAAGGGAAAACCAUGGGUGAGGCUUGACAAUGGAGUGCCUUGUCCUGUGGAUUAUCUCUGGGCACCUCACGAUUUGUGCAGACUGUAG